CACCCCGUGAAUCUGCUCGCAUGGCCAGGACGACAAGAGGAUGUGGUUAGAAGAGCAGCGAGCUCAGUCCUCCACUCGCCCGGCCGCGGUAUCUCCACGUCCACCUCAAUCCACAUCCCUUUUUUAAACCGUCAGCAGCAGCGGCGCCACAGAUAACGCAGAGAGUCCUCUCGAUCCUGCAUCGCGCGGUGGAGCAGCAGCAUCGAGCCUUCUCUCCUCUCUCAUGUCUUCUGGCUCGCUUCUCUGGGUCGCGUCGCCCAAAGAAUCGCCUUUCCUCAACGGGAGUAGGAGGAGCUUCCGAAGAAGCAGCGGUCGCUCGGCGGUCUCCUCCAGCCUGCAGGUCGCCGUGCCGCCUCUCACCUCCGAGCAGCUGGUUUACGGGGUCGUGCUCCGCCAGGCGGCGUUGGUGGGCGAGGCGCGGCGGAGGACGCCACCGGCCGUCGAGGUCCCUACCGCCCCACUGCGCGGCCACUUACUCGAUGAGGCCUACGAGCGCUGCGGCGAGGUCUGCGCCGAGUAUGCCAAAACCUUCUAUCUCGGAACAUUGCUCAUGACUCCAGAGAGGAGAAAGGCUAUCUGGGCAAUCUACGUAUGGUGCAGAAGAACUGAUGAACUUGUCGACGGUCCAAAUUCUUCCCACAUAACACCUGCUGCCCUGGAUCGAUGGCAGAAUCGAUUGGAAGAUCUGUUCAAUGGCCGUCCCUAUGAUAUGUAUGAUGCUGCUCUAUCAGACACUGCGUUGAAAUACCCAGUAGACAUUCAGCCAUUCAAGGAUAUGAUCGAAGGAAUGAGAAUGGAUCUGAGGAAGUCAAGAUACAACAGCUUCGACGAGCUCUAUCUCUACUGUUACUAUGUGGCUGGCACCGUGGGCCUGAUGAGUGUUCCUGUAAUGGGAAUUGCUCCGGAUUCAAAAGCCCCGACCGAGAGCGUUUACAAUGCCGCAUUGGCUCUCGGCAUCGCGAAUCAGCUAACCAACAUACUCAGGGACGUCGGAGAGGACUUCAGAAGGGGAAGAGUGUACCUUCCGCAAGACGAAUUGGCUCGAGCUGGCCUAUCGGAUGAUGAUAUUUUCAAAGGAAAAGUGACCGAUAGAUGGAGGAACUUCAUGAAGGGGCAAAUUAAGAGAGCCAGAAUGUUCUUCGAUGUCGCUGAGAAGGGCAUCUAUGAGUUGAAUUCAGCUAGUAGAUGGCCGGUCUUGGCUUCGUCGCUGCUGUAUCGACAGAUUCUUGAUUCCAUUGAAGCAAAUGACUACAACAACUUCACGAAGCGAGCCUACGUAGGGAAGGCGAAGAAGUUUGCUACCUUGCCCAUUGCAUAUGCCAAGGCAUUACUAGGCCCUUCUAGAUAGUCAAUAUUAUCAUAGGACAUAGGGACUUGUAAAAGACACUUUUUUUUUUCCUCGCCAUUUAUGGUGAAAUUAAAAAUAUUAGAUCCUUUGUUUUCUCCAUUUUAUUUAUAACGACGACAACAUGCAUAUUGUCAACUAAAAAGAUGGCCAUUCUGCUGAACGACAGUCAUAUAAUUUGUA